UUUCAUUGAAACCACCGACAGUUACAACUAAACUUGGUUCUUCUAUUGAUGGCUCCAUUUUUCUGAGAGUUUUCGGCGUGCGGUAAUUCUUGUGCCAAUUUAAAAUUAAACUUUCCUAACUUCAUUUUUCGCAGAAUAUCAAAUAUAAUUUUUAAAAACAGACAUGACUGAAACGUGGGAUGAUGCCAGCCCAAUUCCAAUGGCUCAAGAAUUGCCAGAAAUUAAAUUAUUUGGUAAAUGGAGCUCAAGUGAUGUACAAGUCAGCGAUAUCAGUUUAACGGAUUACAUAGCCGUCAAGGAAAAGUAUGCAAGGUAUUUGCCUCAUUCGGCAGGAAGAUAUGCCACCAAACGCUUUAGAAAAGCCCAAUGCCCAAUUGUGGAACGUCUAACCAAUUCCAUGAUGAUGCAUGGACGUAACAAUGGCAAAAAAUUAAAAGCUGUUUUAAUUGUAAAGCACGCUUUUGAAAUUAUUCAUCUGAUGACAAAUGAGAACCCACUUCAAGUAUUGGUAAAUGCUAUAAUCAACAGUGGGCCCCGUGAAGAUUCUACUCGAAUUGGUCGUGCAGGUACUGUCAGAAGACAAGCUGUGGAUGUGUCACCUUUGAGACGUGUGAACCAGGCUAUAUGGUUGUUGUGUACAGGUGCACGUGAAGCUGCUUUCAGGAACAUCAAGACUAUUGCUGAGUGCUUGGCUGAUGAGCUCAUGAAUGCAGCAAAGGGAUCAUCUAACAGUUAUGCUAUUAAGAAAAAAGAUGAGUUGGAACGUGUAGCCAAGUCCAACCGUUAAGAUGUGUAUUUUAUAUUUGAACUGAGAAAUAAAGGAAAAAAAUAUUGGGAAUAAA